CUGACAGCCGACCGCUGCCGAUCGCCGCCGUCCUUCCCGUGAUCCAUAUCUUGUGGCCCGCUCGGCCUCUCCGUACGUUUCUCGCUGCGCGCUUGCAGGUUGCACCAACUUCGAUCUCCAUUAGGCGAGAUCUCGAAUCGCCAGUACGCCAGCACCGCCAUAAGUCCGACGGGAAUUAGUGCGCACACAACGACAGAGUGAAAUUUCGGUGGUGAGGCUUGUGAGGUAGUGCAAAAAACCCGCAAUGAAAAUGGAGUGGACGCCGCAGCAAGACGGUCUGCGCGAGAUCUUAACCUUGUUGAAGGAGUCGCAAUCGCCGGACACGGCCACACAGCUCGCCGUUCAGCAAAAACUGGAAUUAUUGAAUAAAUAUCCAGAUUUUAAUAGUUAUCUAAUGUUUGUCCUCACGAAAAUGGUCGGUGAGGAUGAACCAACCAGAUCUCUGAGUGGUUUGAUCUUGAAGAACAACAUGAAGGCACAUUAUGGCCAGUUGAUGCCAAAUGUAACUUCAUUCAUCAAGCAGGAAUGCCUGCAAGCCAUAGGAGACCCAUCUCCGCUCAUCCGCGCUACUGUAGGUAUCCUCAUCACGACGAUCACAAGCAAAGGAGAGUUGACUUCAUGGCCGGAGUUACUCCCAGCGCUUUGUACAAUGCUCAACUCUGAAGAUUACAACGUCUGCGAGGGAGCUUUCGGCGCGUUGCAUAAAAUCUGCGAAGAUUCCGCCGAAGCACUCGAUGCAGACACCACCACCCGCCCGCUAGACGUCCUCAUACCCAAAUUCCUUCACUUUUUCAAACACUCCAGCCCCAAGAUACGUUCGUAUGCCAUAGGUUGCGUCAACCAGUUCAUCAUUCAACGCUCGCAGGCGUUGAUGCAGAACAUCGACCCGUUUCUUACUAAUUUAUUCCAUGUGGCCACCGAUGAUGACCCCGAGGUGCGGAAGAACGUCUGCAAAGCAUUGGUGAUGCUCCUAGAGGUGCGCAUGGAUCGUCUAGUGCCAAACAUGAACGAAAUCAUCGAGUAUAUGCUCGUGCGGACGCAAGAUCCCGACGAAGGUGUCGCGUUGGAAGCCUGCGAGUUCUGGCUCUCGCUGGCCGAACAACCCAUCUGUCGAGAUGUCCUCAAUGGUCAUUUCAAUCGACUUGUACCAAUCCUGGUACGCGGUAUGAAAUAUUCGGAGAUAGAUAUUAUUUUGCUCAAGGGUGAUGUCGAGGAGGAUGAAUCAGUACCGGACAAAGAGGAGGACAUAAGGCCUCGUUUUCACAAAUCAAAAACGCACACGAUUAAAGCAGCCAACAACUCCAAUAUGACAGAUAACGGUGGUAAUACCGAAGGGGCAGAGGAUGACGACGAUGAUUACGAUGAUGGUGACGAUGAUAGUUCAUUAACCGAGUGGAAUCUUCGAAAAUGCAGCGCGGCUGCCCUGGAUGUCUUGGCGAAUGUCUUCAAUGAUGACCUACUACCGAUUUUGAUCCCUAUCUUGAAGGAAACACUGUUUCACCAAGAUUGGGACAUUAAAGAGUCUGGUAUUUUAGCUCUGGGCGCGAUUGCGGAGGGUUGCAUGACAGGCAUGUUGAGUCAUCUGCCCGAACUCAUCCCGUUUUUGAUUAAUAGUUUGAACGAUAAUAAAGCUCUCGUGCGCGCGAUCACUUGCUGGACCUUAUCGCGAUACUCUCAUUGGGUAGUCACACAACCGCAUGAUGCGUAUCUGAAACCUUUGAUGACGGAACUCCUGCGCAGGAUUUUAGACAGUAAUAAACGCGUGCAAGAAGCGGCGUGCUCUGCUUUCGCAACAUUGGAAGAAGAAGCGUGUACUGAACUAGUACCAUACUUGGGUUUCAUCUUGGAGACGCUAGUCUUUGCGUUUACAAAGUACCAACAUAAAAAUCUGUUGAUAUUGUACGAUGCGAUUGGUACGCUUGCGGAUUCAGUCGGGCAUCACCUCAACAAACCCGACUAUAUUAAUAUGUUGAUGCCGCCGUUGAUCCACAAGUGGAAUAUUCUCAAGGAUGAGAAUAAGGAUCUGUUUCCACUGCUGGAGUGUCUCUCCAGUGUGGCGACUGCACUACAGAGUGGUUUCUUGCCAUAUUGUGAACCGGUUUACAGGAGAUGCGUGUCUCUGAUUCAGCAGACGCUCAUGCAACACAUGGCGAACACGCAGAAUCCGGAGGCGUAUGAUCCGCCAGAUAAAGAUUUCGUGAUUGUUGCGCUCGAUUUGCUUUCGGGACUUGCGGAGGGUUUGAAUGGUCAUAUUGAGAAACUGGUGCAGCAUAGCAACAUCAUGGAGUUACUGCAUCAUUGCAUGCAGGAUCCGCAGGCGGAAGUGCGGCAGUCGUCGUUUGCGUUGCUGGGUGACCUGACAAAGGCGUGUUUCCAACAUGUCCGGCCAUGCAUUCCGGAUUUCUUCCCCAUUUUGGGCCAGAAUUUGAAUCCGGAGAACAUAUCUGUUUGUAAUAAUGCUACCUGGGCCAUUGGGGAGAUUAGCAUUAAACUUGGAGAGGAUACCAGACCGUAUAUUCCGCUGGUGUUAGACCAAUUGAUCCACAUCAUCAACAGGCCGAACACGACGAAAACCUUGCUGGAGAACACCGCCAUAACAAUCGGUCGCCUUGGUUUUGUCUGCCCACACGAAGUCGCGCCUGUGUUACAACAGUUUGUCCGCCAGUGGUGCAUAUCGUUGCGCAAUAUACGCGACAACGAGGAAAAAGACAGCGCUUUUCGCGGAAUGUGUCACAUGAUCACUGUGAAUCCGGCCGGUGUUGUUGCUGAUUUCAUCUUUUUCUGUGAUGCUGUCGCAUCGUGGAGCACACCAAAGGAUGAUCUGAAAGAAAUCUUUGUUAAGAUUUUGCACACGUUUAAAAAUCAAGUUGGUGAAGAAAACUGGCGACGAUUCACUGAUCAAUUCCCACCGCAACUCACAGAAAGAUUAACUACGUUGUACGGUCUGUGAAGCGUCAAAUCAAUCAUGGGGCAAAUCUUGUAACUUCGUUCUCCAGGGGAGGGUAUAAUUUGACGUUCGCUCGCCCGCGCCGCCCCAUCCGAGGGGGCUAAGCCGCGCGUCCGAGGGCGAAGCGAACACUCCGCACACAUCCGCGCCGCCGAUAUUCUCUUCAACAAGGGGUGGGAAUAACUAAACAAACAAACAAAACUACUACAGGGUACGCGCGCCGUGGGCGCGUGCCAGACUCUCGCGAUUUUAAUUUGUGUUUUAAAACACGUGCCCCAUCAACGCGCGGGGCACGCGCGCGUUUCAUCAACACACACUCUACACAGGUACACACAGCAUAAUGAUCAAACCGAUGAUGAUUAUCUCGCGAUUUUUCGGGUAAACUAAACAAGACUGAGUAACGGUUAAAUAAAUAAAUGGGGGGUUGCGAUAUUUUCGACCACGACCGCGAUUGUGGGGGGAUUAUUUCAUUGUAUUGAACGCGUUGUUAAAUCAAUUAUGUUUUCAUUUUGUGUCGGGACACACAAAACCAAAAAAAGCAAAACGGGGUAGCAGCAGUACAAAACGUAUACAUACAGGCUGAGCAGAGGGUGAAUAUAUAGAGGUAAAGAAUUUUAAUUUUUUUAAAUUUGCUUUUGAUGAAAGAGAGGUGAUUUCUUAUAUAAACAUAGUUGCUUUGAGAUUGGCGUCAGCGCAAAAUUUUAUUAUUCAUUAGCAAUGUUUACGUGCGCAAAUUUAAACAUUAACGUAGCUGAAGUCGUGUUAGGUUCGAUUUGAUUCGAUGAUGAUUUUUGUGAAUGAGAAGAAGACGAGCUCUAAAUGCAAUACCAUCCUACCUUAAAACUGCGAGGACUUCUGGCUCCCCCCUAGUCCUAGUCCUAGUCCCAAGCCAAAAUAACCUACGUCCCUCGUUCUUAAACCUUUUUAAUUGUAUUUUAUGAUGAUUCGAAUGCGUCACCGUGGCCUAACUUACGAGCGUGUGAAUGUGUCUAGCCAAUUAAUUGAUAUUUCAUUAUUGUGAUAAAUUUAAAGCAAACGUUUUUGUGAUACGUCGUGUAUGAAAAAAUCUCCGGUAAAUUUUUUUCACUUUGAGAGACUUUGAAUUGAAAGCAAAUACUAACAAACUAGUAAUUUAAGCUGAUAAUAAGUGAUACGCGUCCGCGGUUUAUUUUUUUUUUUCUUUCUUUGUUGGUUUUUAAUGAUUAUAUUCAAACUAUUUAUUUUGUUGUUCUUAACUGUUGAAUUAACUUAAAGUGGUGUGAUUGCUGGUGAUAUUGCAAUUGAUAGGUUGCCGAAAACCUCUCUUUGGGACUGAUAAAACGUUGCAUUGUUUUUCUAUAUGACGAUAUUGUUAACUAGUUGUUUAUAUAAUGUGAAUGGUUUCCUAGGAUUGCAAUACGCGUAUGAAUGCGAAGUGCGGGUGAAUGUCGCGCGAUUUAUAAGUGUAAACAUGUGAAAAGUAAGUGUCACACAAAAGACAUGCGCAGAAGUCUUCAAAUUCCUUGAUACCAACGAUUCCAUGAUCCAUUCCUCAUCUUGCGCCCGCUGGGCGAUUCCUCUCUACUGUAACUUAAAUGAAUAUCAACUAGGAACGUAUGAUUAUAGGAAGUAAACUAAAGAAAAGUAACUGAGACAUGCACGCAGCGUGCAGUGUUGUGUUGUAGUUUGACAGGAAACUAAAACUAGCGAAUGACGUACGCUUAGAAACCGAGCGUUUUUGAUUAAAGAAGAACACAAGAAACACUACAAAACGUAACGAGUUUAAAUGUUAGCGUGAAUUUUUAAUUUAGUUGUUAAGUAUAUGUUCCUUUCGAAUUUGACUGGAUGGCGUUUUUGUUUACGUUUUUAUCUAUUUUGUACAUUCUCGACAAUUCAGUACUAGGAAACGAAAUGAAUCUGGUUUUAUUAUUUUGCUACGGAAGUAAUGUUGUACUUAAAUUCCCAGGAACACAAAUGAUUGUUUUGUAAAUUGUGUUUUUGCAAUCUUCUGAUUUCUAUUGGCGAUUAGUGAAAUGAUUUUAUUUUAAGUUCCGUUAAAUCUCUGUCAAAUAUAGAUUUGUAAACGUGUA